AUGCUGUCCCAAACACGGGCGCGGCUCCCCGCUGCCCUCCGGUGUCUCUCCCGGCCUUCUGCCCCAGCUCGCGCGCUUUCCACUACCCUCCCUCGCUUUCACAAAGACAAUGAUGUUGUUCUCAAUAAGGUCUCUAGCACCAUUACUCAGCCCAUCUCCCAAGGUGCGUCGCAGGCCAUGCUGUACGCCGUGGGUCUCAAGGAGGAGGACAUGAACAAGGCCCAGGUCGGAAUUUCGUCGGUCUGGUUCAAUGGCAACCCUUGCAAUAUGCACUUGAUGGAUUUGAACCACAAGGUCCGUGAGGGUGUGCAGGAUCAAGGUUUGAUCGGUUUCCAGUUCAACACUGUCGGUGUCAGUGACGCUAUCAGUAUGGGUACCAGCGGUAUGCGCUACUCUCUGCAGAGCCGUGACCUGAUUGCCGACUCUAUCGAGACUGUCAUGGGUGGACAGUGGUACGAUGCCAACAUCUCCAUCCCUGGUUGCGACAAGAACAUGCCAGGCGUCGUGAUGGCUAUGGGCCGUGUCAACCGCCCCAGUCUGAUGGUCUAUGGUGGUUCCAUUAAGCCCGGUUGCGCUGUGACCCAGAACAAUGCCGAAAUCGACAUUGUGUCUGCUUUCCAGGCCUACGGCCAGUUCCUCGCCAAGGAGAUCACUGAACCCCAGCGAUUCGACGUCAUCCGCCACGCUUGCCCUGGUGAGGGUGCUUGUGGUGGUAUGUACACUGCUAACACCAUGGCCACUGCCAUUGAGACCAUGGGUAUGACUCUUCCCGGCUCUUCAUCCAACCCUGCCAAUUCCCAGGCCAAGUAUCUCGAGUGUCUGGCCGCCGGUGGCGCCAUCAAGCGCCUGCUCGCUGAGGAUAUCCGCCCUCGCGACAUCAUGACUCGCCAGGCCUUCGAGAAUGCCAUGGUUGUCGUCAACAUCACCGGAGGCUCCACCAACGCCGUCCUCCACCUGAUUGCCAUCGCCGACUCCGUCGGCGUCAAGCUCACCAUCGACGACUUCCAGGCCGUCUCCGACCGCAUCCCCUUCCUGGCCGACCUAAAGCCCUCGGGCAAGUACGUCAUGGCCGACGUGCACGAGAUCGGCGGAACCCCCGCCCUUCUGAAGCUGCUCCUCCGCGAGGGCCUGAUCGACGGCUCUGGAAUGACUGUCACCGGUGAGACCCUCGCCAAGAACUUGGAGAAGCUCCCCGACUUCGACGCCGACCAGAAGGUCAUCCGGCCCUUCUCGGACCCCAUUAAGAGCACGGGCCACAUCCAGAUCCUGCGCGGCUCUCUCGCCCCCGGUGGCAGUGUGGGCAAGAUCACCGGAAAGGAGGGCACCGUGUUCACUGGUAAUGCCCGCGUGUUCGAUACCGAGGACGACUUCGUCGCUGCGCUGGAACGCAACGAGAUCAAGAAGGAGGACAAGACAGUCGUUGUGAUCCGCUACUGCGGUCCCAAGGGUGGUCCUGGUAUGCCGGAGAUGCUGAAGCCCUCGUCUGCCCUGAUGGGAGCCGGUCUCGGUAACUCUGUUGCCCUGAUCACCGACGGCCGUUUCUCGGGUGGUUCGCACGGUUUCCUGAUCGGCCACAUCGUGCCCGAGGCUGCUGUCGGCGGUCCUAUCGGUCUUGUUGAGGACGGUGAUGUGAUUACCAUCGAUGCUGACAAGCUUCUCCUGGACCUUGAUGUUCCCGAGGCCGAGCUUGAGCAGCGUAGAAAGGACUGGGAGGCCCGUAAGGAAGCUGGUCAGCUGCCCGAGACUGGUUUGACGAUGCGUGGUACUCUGGGCAAGUAUGCUCGUAACGUCAAGGAUGCUAGCCAUGGCUGUAUCACUGAUGCCUUGGAUUAA